AUGAAAUGAAAGAAAUAAUUUCUCAAUAAAAUGACACACUUAUGCGCUUUUACAGAUGUAAAACUUUUAAUAAAUUACCAUUAUAAUUUCAUUAAACGUGAAGUUAUGCAAAAUUAACAACAUUAAACUAUUUACACAACUGUGACUAUAAUAUAUUCCCGCCAAAAAGCUGCGAAAUUCCUCUAGCUUAACUGUCGUCGUAAUGUCGGUAGGUCGGAAAUUCUAUAGUCCAAAACUAUUUUUUUUAAAUAUUCAUUCUGCCGUUUUAUAACUACGGUUUUUUUAAAACUAAUACAAAAAUGUAUUUAAUCUUAUAAAAAUCGGUAAAAUAUUUUAUUAGAAAAUAAACGGACGAUAUAAAAUAAGUUUCUGAACGAAAGUAAACAUUGAUUUUUUUUGAAUUUUCAAAAUGAUUUGUUUACAUACAUACAAAAUCGAAAAUUGGGUUUUUAAUGAAUUUUAAUUGAGACAGAACAUAACUAUUGUUUAUUUCGACAACAAAGUACAAAAUUAUGUACUACUUAUUACAAUAGAACGCCUAAAGAGUCCAGAUAAUUCCAGAAUAAUGUAUAAGCCAAUAGAUUUCACGAGCAACGAUGUAUUUGAUGUUUGGACUUCGGUGUGCGAUAUAACGUCGACAUCGGACUUUGUGAGUCCUCGAAGUAAGAUGAUCAAGCAGAAACGGAAACGCGAGUUUCUGUGUACAGAUGUGCAGCCUGCAAUCAAGAGACCCGCGCCAUCGAUACGUGUCGGCUCCGGAUUCAAAUGGAACCUACAGGCGUUGGCGCAUGCGGCUGACGCGGUGCAGUCUGGCGGCAAAUCACCUGUCUCCGCCCUCAACGAGCUGGGCGUUCGCGUCACCUACACCGUGCUGAACCAGGGCGGCCCAGCGCAUUGUCCCAGCUUCACCGUGGCAGUCAAUGUCGCCGAUAUGACCUUUGAAGGUUGGGGUCACAGCAAGCGUGAGGCACGCGCGUCCGCAGCCAGGGUUUGUCUCGCGGCUCUGCUCGCUCGAGCUGGCCAUGUGCUGCCAGACCAGACCCGCGCCAAGGACUUCACUGUUGACGACACAACACCGUAUCCCGUCUCCGAAUUCCAAUGUCUCGAGAGCAAAUCGAAGAUUGAAGAGCAGACGAAGCAAAACGCUGUCACGGAAACAGCCCAGAGUCAGAUUGAGAGGAAUCUGCCCACGUCGUCGCUGUUCGGCGCCACCGCCCCUACCCCGGCCUCCAAGAGCCCCAUCAACGUCCUCUACGAGAACCACCCGGGGCUGCUGUUCAUUUGUACCUAUGGGGACGGAACACCCUUGGAUUCUGCUCAGGUUCCGCUGCAGCUGGCCCACAGCAUGAGGUUCAAGGUGGUCUGCCAGAUCAAGGAACAGAAGUUCGAGGGUUAUGGUUCGAGCAAGAAGCUGGCGAAGUUGGCGGCGGCCCGCAGCGCGCUGGCCGUGCUGGAGGAGGGCCGCGCCGACAUCGCGGACAGCCUGCUGCCCUCCGGCUACCUCUCGCAGACCCUCGCCGACCACAUAGCCAAUCUCGUGAACAGCAAAUUCAGUGAGAUGAUGAAGAAUGACGUCAUACAUUCGAAGAGGAAGGUCCUGGCCGGGAUCGUGAUGACGACCGACAGCAAGGUCGACGGUGCCAAGGUGAUAGCGGUGGCGACGGGCACCAAGUGCGUCUCCGGCGAGCACAUGUCGGUGCGCGGCCGGGCCGUCAACGACUGCCACGCGGAGGUGGCGGCCCGGCGCUGCCUGCAACGCCACCUGUACACCCAGCUGCUGCUUUACGCCUCACAAAAAGACCCCCGAAAGCCGAUCCCCGAAGCGGACAUCGAGCCCGCGGAGGGGGGCGGCUACCGACUCCGCCCCGACCGGCAGCUACACAUGUACGUGAGCACCGCGCCCUGCGGGGACGGGCGGAUAUUCAGCCCACACGAGCAGCUACAGCAUGAGCCGGACCGACAUCCCAACAGGUUGGCCCGGGGACAGCUCCGCACGAAGAUAGAGUCGGGCGAGGGCACGAUCCCAGUGAAGAACUGCAACAGCUUGCUGCAGACCUGGGACGGUGUUAUGCAGGGCGAGCGUCUCCUGACGAUGUCGUGUUCUGAUAAAGUGGCCCGCUGGUGCGUCCUCGGCCUGCAGGGCUCGCUGAUGUCCACGCUGCUUGCGCCCGUGUACCCGACCUCGAUAGUGCUGGGCUCGCUGCUGCACCCGCACCACUUGUACAGAGCGAUAUGCGGGCGCAUCGAAGCGUACAUAUCGUCGCUGCCGCCCCCUUACCACCUCCGGCGGCCCCUGCUGGCGAGAGCAGCAAGCACCGAAGCCAGGACCCCGACCAGAGCACCCUCGUUCAGCGUCUGCUGGGCGUGCACUAACACGGCCCCCGAAGUAUUGAAUGCCACAACCGGGAAGCUGGAGAAUGGCCAGCCCUCACUACUGUGCAAACAGAGCAUGUUCGCCAGAUGGCAGUAUUUGAUCAAGAAACUACCCCCCUUACAGCAGUCACACCCGGACGGAACCAGCGUCUCAUUGCCGAAUCACUUGGAUACUUUACUGUAUAACGAAGCGAAACUACUCUCCCCAACGUAUCAGGUAGCGAAGGACCGCCUCUUCCAAGCCUUCGAAAAAGCGAAACUAGGUCGUUGGAUAAAGAAGCCAUUAGAACAGGACCAGUUCGUAUGCGAACUCCUGAGCGCGGACCCAGCCGCUCUGUUCACUUAGACAGAUCUAGUUCAAGGUCAUAGCGCGACACGGUACGACGAUAGAGCCAGAGGAGAUGAUGGACAGGCUAAUGACAGUGCUAAAGCUUUAGGCGACGAUAAACGCGAGAGAAUCAAGGCGAAAUCUGACGUGGGCGUGACCGGUGACUUGUUAGAUGGUCCGUUGAUGUACGGAAAGCUAAUACUCGCCGAGAAAGCUCGUCAGCUUAAAUUAAUGGGCAUGAUAUUAAAAGCGAAAGAUAAAAGUAAAUUUCGUAUCUUCAAUGAUAAACAUUGCAAUGAUAAUGAUAUAAAGAUUAAUGAUAAAAUCGAUGGAGGCAAACGAAGUAAAGGAUUACCAAUGAAAAAAAAUUGUCAAAAGUUUAAAAAGUCCAUUAAAAACCAAAGAAGUAGCGUGUUUAAGAAAAUUAGUAAAAAUCGUGAUUCUAAACUUAAAAUAAGCAAUGAAUCUACGAAUAACAUUAACGUCGCAAAUAACGAUCGACAGGAUAAUAAUAAUAAAAAUUGUAGGGCCAAUUUAAAAUUGAAAGUAAACCUCGGGAAAUCUAAAUAUGAUAGAUGGAAAGGAUUGUUAAUAAAGAGUAAUAAAAAAGUGCUUAAAAAAGCUAAAAUAAGUAAUAAAGAGAAUACAUACAAAAACACAAAAUCCGAUGCUGCGUUAAAAAAUGAAAAUAAAAAUUCUAUAAAUAAAUCAUUGAAUACCAAAGCGAACCUUCAAAAUUGUUCUAUCGAAAAAGACAAUUUCAAUUCUGAACCGAAAUGUGAAAAUAAAUUGAUACAAAAGUUCAGUGAUUCUGAAAAUAAUUCCAUUAUUAGUCAUCCGAAUGGAUACGUUAAAAAUGAAGGAUUAACAAAUAAAAAAGAAAACAAAUUAUUAAUAAAAGUUAACACAGAAAUUGUAAUCGACAAAAUAUCCAAUGAUUCACACGAAAAUAAAUGCGACGUGUUAAACAAAAUAUUUGAUGAUGGAAUCAAACGUCCAGAUGGAGACAAUGAAAUAUUUGAAAGCAAUCCGAAAAAUAAGCCGAACGAUGAUAAUAAAACCAAUAAUGAUUUUAAGAACAAAAACACCACUGAAAUUAAUGAUUCCAUCAUAAAAAAUAAGCAGUGUAAUGAUAAAAAUAAUGAAAUAAAAGUAAAUAGUGAUCAAAUGAAAAUUUCUAAAGUAAAAAAGAAAAAGAAAAAUAAAGUCUGUAAUGACAAAAGUAAUGACAUUAAAGUAAAUAAUGAUGAUCCGAAUGUUUCUAAAGUUGAAAAGAAUAACCAAAAUAAGCCCUGUAAUGACAAAAGUAAUGAUGUUGAAGUAAAUAAUGAUUAUCCGAAUGUUCCUAAAAUAGAAAAUAAAGUCUGUAAUGAUAAAAAUAAUGACAUUAAAGUAAAUAAUGAUCAUCCGAAUGUUUCUAAAAUAAAAAAUAAAAACAAA